AUGCUGUAUCGAUGCAAUAUACUUGCGUUAGUCGGAGGCGGUUCUCAGCCUCAAUACCCUCUAAAUAAGGUUAUGAUCUGGGAUGAUCAUCAGGGCCGAUGCAUUGGUGAGCUAUCUUUUCGAUCGGAGGUUCGUGGAUUUCGGUUAAGGCGAGAUCGGAUAAUUGUGAUUUUGGAGCAGAAGAUAUUCGUAUACAAUUUCACGGAUUUGAAGUUAUUGCAACAGAUCGAGACAUUUGCGAAUCCCAAGGGCCUUUGCGAUGUUUCACAAGCUUCUGGUAAUUUUGUGCUUGUUUGUCUCGGAUUGCGGAAGGGACAAGUUAGGGUUGAGCAUUACGCUUCGAAGCGAACAAAGUUUAUCUUAGCUCAUGAUUCAAGAAUUGCGUGCUUCGCUCUGUCACAGAAUGGACAUAUGCUUGCCACAGCCAGCAACAAGGGAACUCUUGUUUGUAUCUUCAAUACCCACGACGGGUCAUUGUUGCACGAGGUAAGGAGGGGUGCAGAUAGAGCUGAAAUACAUAGCCUUGCAUUUUCUCCUACGGCUGAGUGGCUUGCAGUCUCAAGUGAUAAGGGUACUAUUCAUGUUUUCAGCAUCACAUCUGUCGAUAAUCCAGACCACAUUACCAGUUCAUCUCGUAUGAUGUAG